GUCAGAUUGUGACGCUCAGUGAUUGCAUUGUGCGAGAAAUUGGAUAAAAUAAUAUAAAACGAGCAAAGUUAAACCACUACUGGUUUUGUAUUGAAGGAACAGGGUGCAUUCUUGCAUCCUUUCUAAACAUGAGCUAUCAGAUACCAUCAUCGCAAAGCCGCACGAUGUCCCAUAGCAAUUAUGGGGGCUCCGAUGUCCCCAUGGCCCCUAGUAAGGAGCAGCAGACACUUAUGUGGCAGCAGAACUCAUACCUGGUUGAUUCUGGCAUCAAUUCUGGAGCUGCAACUCAGGUGCCAUCUCUUACUGGGAAGGAAGAUGAUGAAAUGGAAGGCGAUCAACUUAUGUUUGAUCUUGACCAAGGGUUUACUCAGGGUUUCACGCAAGAACAAGUUGAUGAUAUGAACCAACAACUAUCACAGACACGUUCCCAGCGUGUCCGAGCUGCCAUGUUUCCUGAAACCUUGGAGGAGGGCAUCGAAAUUCCAUCCACUCAGUUGGAUCCAGCCCAACCAACGGCGGUCCAGCGUUUGGCUGAGCCAUCGCAAAUGCUGAAACAUGCUGUUGUUAACCUCAUCAAUUAUCAAGAUGAUGCCGAUUUAGCAACCAGAGCCAUACCAGAGUUGAUCAAGUUGUUGAAUGAUGAAGAUCAAGUGGUGGUCUCCCAAGCUGCUAUGAUGGUUCAUCAGUUGUCGAAGAAGGAAGCAUCUCGUCAUGCCAUCAUGAACUCGCCAGAAAUGGUAGCGGCGUUGGUGCGAGCUAUUUCAUAUAGCAAUGAUCUGGAAACAACUAAGGGAGCUGUGGGAACCUUGCAUAACUUGUCCCAUCAUCGUCAAGGUCUGCUGGCUAUCUUCAAGAGUGGUGGGAUCCCCGCUUUAGUGAAACUGCUCAGUUCUCCAGUAGAAUCUGUAUUGUUCUAUGCUAUCACAACUCUGCAUAAUCUAUUACUUCAUCAAGAUGGUUCGAAAAUGGCAGUGCGUCUCGCUGGCGGCUUGCAAAAAAUGGUAGCUCUACUCCAAAGGAAUAAUGUUAAGUUCCUGGCUAUUGUGACAGAUUGCCUGCAGAUUCUUGCAUACGGAAACCAAGAGUCGAAGCUCAUAAUACUUGCGUCUCAGGGACCUAUUGAACUUGUUCGUAUUAUGCGUACUUACGACUACGAAAAGUUGCUGUGGACCACAUCGAGAGUGUUGAAGGUGUUGUCUGUGUGCUCAAGCAACAAGCCAGCUAUCGUAGAGGCAGGUGGUAUGCAAGCUCUAGCUAUGCAUUUGGGUAAUUCGAGUGGACGCCUUGUGCAAAAUUGUCUAUGGACUCUAAGAAAUCUCUCCGAUGCCGCUACCAAGGUUGAAGGCUUGGAGGCUCUUCUGCAGAGCUUGGUGCAAGUUCUCGCGUCUACUGACGUCAAUAUCGUAACUUGUGCCGCUGGCAUCCUCUCCAAUUUGACUUGCAAUAACCAACGUAACAAGGUGACAGUGUGCCAAGCAGGAGGCGUAGACGCUCUCGUACGCACAGUAGUAUCGGCCGGGGACCGGGAGGAAAUCACUGAGCCAGCAGUAUGCGCUCUACGACAUCUAACCUCCAGACAUGUGGAGAGUGAGAUGGCACAGAACGCGGUGCGGGUACACUAUGGAUUACCAGUGAUAGUGAAGCUGCUGCAACCGCCUUCCCGCUGGCCUCUUGUGAAGGCUGUAGUGGGUUUGGUUCGCAAUUUGGCCCUCUGUGCUGCCAAUUAUGCGCCAUUACGUGAACAUGGCUCCGUACACCAUCUGGUGAGACUUCUGAUGCGUGCAUUCAACGAUACACAACGGCAACGUUCAUCUGUAUCUGGCGGCGGUGGACCAGGAGGUGCGUAUGCGGAUGGCGUCCGCAUGGAGGAAAUCGUGGAGGGAGCUGUUGGUGCACUCCAUAUAUUAGCACGCGAUAGUGUCAACAAACAACUUAUACGACAGCAGAACGUCAUACCGAUCUUCGUGCAACUGCUAUUCAAUGAGAUUGAGAAUAUACAGCGCGUGGCAGCUGGAGUCCUUUGCGAGUUAGCUGUUGAUAAGGAGGGAGCUGAAAUGAUAGAAGCGGAGGGUGCAACCGCACCGCUUACGGAAUUGCUGCAUUCACGUAACGAAGGAGUGGCUACAUACGCCGCUGCAGUAUUGUUCCGUCUCUCGGAAGACAAGCCGCAUGAUUACAAGAAGAGGCUCUCCAUGGAGCUGACCAAUUCUCUGUUCCGCGAAGAUCCUCAGAUGUGGCCCAACGAUUUGGCCAUGCAACCCGACUUACAGGACAUGCUCGGGCCCGAGCAAGGGUACGAGGGGCUGUACGGUACCAGACCGUCGUUUCACCAGCAAGGCUAUGAUCAAAUACCGAUAGACUCGAUGCAGGGCUUGGAAAUAGGCAGUGGUUUCGGUAUGGAGAUGGACAUCGGCGAGACGGAGGGUGCCGGCGCCGCCUCCGCCGACUUGGCGUUCCCUGAGCCGCCGCACGAUAACAACAACGUAGCAGCUUGGUACGACACCGAUUUGUAAACUGACGCUGUUAAAAUGAACUUUAUUUACUAAUACAUUGAGUAGCGAUUCGAUUUCAUUUUUAAAAUUGACUUCAUGUUAUAUUGAAUUCAUUAUGUUUUCCGCAUUGUUAAGUAUUGAACUCUUAGAAUUAUCAGACGCUCGUAUUUGCUUUACUAUCUCGCGUCUUCUACUUAGUCUAAGGCUAACCUUAUGUAGACUGGAAUACGACAGAGGUCAACAACCUUUGCAUUUAAUGUUUGCUAGUUAUUUUGAUUUGCUAAAGACUAUUGUAUUCGUGAAUAAAGUAAUAGACACUACCUAUGGAACGCCUUGAAGUGUCGUAAAAAAUGCCUAAAAGUUACAGUUCACUGUUAAGUUUAUGAACAAAAAAUAAUAUUGCACUUUUUUUUUCGAAAAAGCUUGAGUCAAGAUUGAUUCUGCCAAGUGCCAAAUGACACUGUCCAUUAGUUUAUAUGCGUAACCGUAAUAAAGUAAUUGCGUCUGGAAAGUUUUUUUUUUAUAUAAUUUUAGUUAUUUAUAGGUCUAUUUUACGUCAGCUGUUUCGUUUUGAAUUGUUUAGUAUCGAAAAAUUUGUAUUUGAUCCACAGUUUAUUUGCGAUCUGCAAAUGUAUUUAAAAUUAUAAAGGUUUCCACGUUACGCUAAGUAAGUCUUAAUAUAACGGGGAGACAUAAUUGGAAUAUUAAUUUAGAUUUUUUCGUAAUAUUUUUUUUAUCGAGUGAAAACAUCUGACGUAACAAGAUAAUUUAUUGAACUAGCAACCUGUGAUACGACGCAGCUUCACAAAUUAUGACUUGGGGGGUCUACCGGGUAACUUCUUGUGUUCUUGAUUUAGUAAAUUUUGACUCAAAGACCAUUUUCAAUUGAAAUGUCAGUAACUUCAUAGAAACAAGCGAAACCAAUUCCAGGCACACAAUCUUAGAGUUGGACUACAUUUGGCAGCACUGUAUCGGUUUUUUCUGUCGUUCGGGCUCGCCAUUUGUGAGACCAGGAGAGAUAGCGGGAACCUUUAAGCCUUAGAGGUUCCCGCUAUUUCUCAUGCUCCUUAGCAUCCUUAGAGUCUAAGGGUUAGGCAACACUUUCUUUCUCGCUCUAGCAAAUAUUUGUACUCAGAAAGGAUAGGCCGACAGAAAAUGGCAAAUGUAGACCAACCUUUACGCGGUAUCUUCAAAUUUACUAUAACGAUCUAUAUAAAAUUCGAAAAUAACGAGUGGUAUGAAGUUCAAUGAGUUAUGCGUAAGACCCACAGGUUCAAUUUUAUUAAAAUGUUACCGACAAGUGACUGAAACAUUUUUAUUUUCAUAUUGGUGCUAAGUUAAAAAAAAAACUCCAAAAUAUCACUAACACGCCCUGCAUUGACUGUAUCACUCUUUUUAUACUUUGCGUAUAAAAUGCGUGUAAUCGGAGAAUAGGGUAUAUAAUGUAAGAUUUAUAAUAAUAAGGCUUUAAAAUCAUCAAUCUUUUAUCAAUUAAAAAUUACUGUAACUAGCAUUUAUGGAAGUAUUUGAUUAUUGAUUAUAUUUUAAUGAUUAUUGGAUUUUUAUGUUAUUAUUAUUUUGUCGUAAUUGAGCUUUUUUUAUUUAAAUGAUAUACAAGACUGGAAGUUUGAACGCGUGUAAUAUUUUGUUUGUAAUGUUUGACUGCCAUUUUAAUUAAAUAGUGAAGUUGUAAAGCUUUGACUAAAUUAUUGAACAUACACAGCAGCAUAUCGGGUUACUAUAAAAAAUCCUAAUUUCUAUAAACAAUGUUGAACUUAACUUUAAACAAAUUAAAGCUUAAAAUCGUUUAUGAGAAAUUUGUUUUUAUUGUAACUUGCUUCAGGUCAUAUAGAUUUUGAACUCUACUGUCUAGUGGAAGAUUUCUUGACAUGCUGUUGACUAUACACUUUCAACUACUUACGUUUCAUACGUAACAUUUAAAGUAAUUAAUUAGAGGUAAUACUUAUUUCCUAACAACUGACAUUUCUUGUCUAUGUCUAGUGAAAGCCGUGGAGAUUUUUAUUUUACUUUACUAUUAUAAUGAACAACAAAUGAUAAUCUUUGUUUUUCACCGUUUUUACUAGUAAUUAGUCUGUACUCACUGAAAUAAUAAUCCUACCCAGUUGUAACGAUGAAAUAGAGAAAUAGUACUUAAAUGUAUUGUGUCAAAGGUAUCUGUACUGCUUUUGAACAUAACAAAAUAUUCGGUAUAUAGUAAACGCACUCCAAAUUAACGUAACCCACCCAUUUUGUAGAAUGUAUUGACUUAGUGUAAUGUAAUCGGUAAAUCAUAUAUUUAGGUAUUAAUUACUUAUUGUCCUUUUAGGGUUCUCCUAUAUUAAUUUUUCUAUUUGAUAUUUUUAUUCGACUUUGUCAAUGUAUUUAUAGUUGAUAUUUGUAUGAAGACAUUGAUGAAGUGUGACUUCGUGUCCAUGUAUGGAUAAUAAAAGUGAUUUG